AUGUUCAGCUACUCGACAUACCUCUCUUUGGGAUGCUCCUUCUUGGCCCUUGCAGCCAACGCAGCCCCUGCCACACUCGCUACACGAGCCAGCUUUUCAGGAUGCAAGACUAUCACCAUUGCUGCUCAAACCGUCCCAGCUGGCAAGUCACUUGCGCUCACAAAUCUUGCCGAUGGCACGACUGUCCAACUCGCCGGCGACAUUUCGUUCGGUACCGGUGUUCACUGGACCGGCAAUCUCUUUACCCUUCAGGGCGGAAAGAUUAUUUUCAACGGCAAUGGCCAUACCAUCAAUGGUAAUGGUGCAUACUACUGGGAUGGACAAGGAACCAACGGUGGUGUUGACAAGCCGAAGUACACCGUCGAGUUGAAAAUCUCCGGCUCGUUCACCAAUGUCAAGGUGAUCAACGUACCUGGUCACGCUUUCUCUGUCCAGAACCCCUCAGCAUUGACCAUCAGCUCUGUGACCUACGACAAUAGCGCUGGUGCAAAGCUUGGGCACAACACUGACGGAUUCGACGUCUCUCAUUCGACUGAUCUUACCAUCACGGGAUGCACGGUCAUCAAUCAGGAUGAUUGCAUCGCCAUCAACAGUGGAACCAACGUCGUCUUCUCCAACAACUCGUGCACUGGUGGACACGGAAUCAGCAUUGGCAGCAUCAAGACCGGCAAUGUUGUUAACGGUGUGACUAUCUCGAACAACAAAGUCAUUAACAACCAGAACGGCCUCCGCAUUAAGACAUAUGCAGACAACAACAACGCGUCUGUCUCCAAUGUUAUUUACAAAGACAACACGGUGACUGGAGCCACAUCCUAUGGUGUGAUUAUUGUUCAAGACUAUACCAACAGCGGCGAGACUGGCACUGCUACCCCAGGGAUUACUAUCAAAAAUGUAUCGUUCCAAGGAACCAACUCUGUCUCUACCACCUCAAGCGCGACAAUGGUCAAGGUUCUUUGCUACCCAGGGGAUUGCACCGGUACUUGGAACUGGAGUGGUCUCAAGACUUCGGGUGGAAAGAAGGGAACCAAUGUUGGUGGUGCUCCCAUCACUGGAUACACAUUCUGA